AUCAUGUGACAAUUUGUAGGUGGUUUUUCACAGAAAGUAAAAGCUGUAUUUUGAGGAAGUAAGUCUUAUGAGCAUGUGUAGUGCGAUGAUGUGGAAAAGUAUAUAUUUGGUUGCGGUUAGUUUAACUGUGGUAUCAUGUGGUACCUUGUAUUUUAAAUCUCAAGAGACAAUAGAAAGGGCAUUAUUAAACAAUCAAGAUGAUAAGAAAAUAGCAGCUAAACCUGUUACUAUAGAAGAUGUUGUCUGUCCUGGUGGAACAUCUCAAUGUCCAGAUAGUACAACAUGUUGUAUGCAGGCCAGUGGUCAAUAUGGAUGUUGUCCACUUCCUAGUGCUGUAUGUUGUUCAGAUAAGGUACAUUGCUGUCCAAGUGGCACAACUUGCGAUGUUUCUGCUGGCAAGUGUCUUAAACAAGAUGGAAGUCAAGUUUUCAUGUCUAAGAAAAUUGAAGCUAAACCUGUUGCAGUGAAAGAUGUUGUCUGUCCUGGUGGAACAUCUCAAUGUCCAGAUAGUACAACAUGUUGUAAACUGUCUUCUGGUCAAUAUGGAUGCUGUCCACUUCCCAGUGCUGUAUGUUGUUCUGAUGGGGUACAUUGCUGUCCAAGUGGUACAACCUGUGAUACUGCUGCUGGCAAGUGUAAUAAACAAGAUGGCAGUUAUGUUUUUAUGUCUAAGAAAAUAACAGCUAAACCUGUUGCAGUGAAAGAUGUUGUCUGUCCUGGUGGAACAUCUAAAUGUCCAGAUAGUACAACAUGUUGUAUGCAGGCCAGUGGUCAAUAUGGAUGUUGUCCUCUUCCUAGUGCUGUAUGUUGUUCAGAUAAGGUACAUUGCUGUCCAAGUGGCACAACCUGUGAUGUUUCUGCUGGCAAGUGUCUUAAACAAGAUGGAAGUCAAGUUUUCAUGUCUAAGAAAAUUGAAGCUAAACCUGUUGCAGUGAAAGAUGUUGUUUGUCCUGGUGGAACAUCUCAAUGUCCAGAUAGUACAACAUGUUGUAAACUGUCUUCUGGUCAAUAUGGAUGCUGUCCACUUCCCAGUGCUGUAUGUUGUUCUGAUGGGGUACAUUGCUGUCCAAGUGGCACAACUUGUGAUACUGCUGCUGGCAAGUGUAAUAAACAAGAUGGCAGUUAUGUUUUUAUGUCUAAGAAAAUAGCAGCUAAACCUGUUGCAGUGAAAGAUGUUGUCUGUCCUGGUGGAACAUCUCAAUGUCCAGAUAGUACAACAUGUUGUAUGCAAGCCAGUGGUCAAUAUGGAUGUUGUCCUCUUCCUAGUGCUGUAUGUUGUUCAGAUCAGGUACAUUGCUGUCCAAGUGGUACAACUUGUGAUGUUUCUGCUGGCAAGUGUCUUAAACAAGAUGGAAGUCAAGUUUUCAUGUCUAAGAAAAUAGCAGCUAAACCUGUUGCAGUGAAAGAUGUUGUCUGUCCUGGUGGAACAUCUCAAUGUCCAGAUAGUACAACAUGUUGUAAACUGUCUUCUGGUCAAUAUGGAUGCUGUCCACUUCCCAGUGCUGUAUGUUGCUCUGAUGGGGUACAUUGCUGUCCAAGUGGUACAACCUGUGAUACUGCUGCUGGCAAGUGUAAUAAACAAGAUGGCAGUUAUGUUUUCAUGUCUAAGAAAGUAGCAGCUAAACCUGUUGCAGUGACAGAUGUUGUUUGUCCUGGUGGAACAUCUCAAUGUCCAGACGGUACAACAUGUUGUAUGCAGGCCAGUGGUCAAUAUGGAUGCUGUCCACUUCCUAGUGCUGUUUGUUGUUCAGAUAAGGUACAUUGCUGUCCAAGUGGUACAACUUGUGAUGUUUCUGCUGGAAAAUGUCUUAAACAAGAUGGUAGCCAUGUUUUGAUGUUUAAGAAAAUAGCAGCUAAACCUGUUGCAGUGAAAGAUGUCGUCUGUCCUGGUGGAACAUCUCAAUGUCCAGAUAGUACAACAUGUUGUAAACUGUCUUCUGGUCAAUAUGGAUGCUGUCCACUUCCCAGUGCUGUAUGUUGUUCUGAUGGGGUACAUUGCUGUCCAAGUGGUACAACUUGUGAUACUGCUGCUGGCAAGUGUAAUAAACAAGAUGGCAGUUAUAUUUUUAUGUCUAAAAAAAUAGCAGCUAAGCCUGUUGCGGUCAAAGAUGUUGUCUGUCCUGGUGGAACAUCUCAAUGUCCAGAUAGUACAACAUGUUGUAAACUGUCUUCUGGUCAAUAUGGAUGCUGUCCACUUCCAAGUGCUGUAUGCUGUACUGAUGGGGUACAUUGCUGUCCAAGUGAUACAACCUGUGAUACUUCUGCGGGCAAGUGCAAUAAACAAGAUGGCAGUCAUGUUUUGAUGUCUGAGAAAAUAGCAGCUAAAUCUGUUUCAGUAGCAGAUGUUGUCUGUCCUGAUGGAACCUUGAAAUGUCCUGUUGGUACGACAUGUUGUAAAAUGACAAGCGGUCAGUACGGAUGCUGUGCAAUCCCUGAUGCUGUAUGUUGUUCUGAUGGGGUACAUUGCUGUCCAAGUGGUACUACUUGUGAUACUGCUGCUGGCAAGUGUAAUAAACAAGAUGGCAGUUAUGUUUUCAUGUCUAAGAAAAUAGCAGCUAAACCUGUUACUGUAGAAGAUGUUGUCUGUCCUGGUGGAACAUCUCAAUGUCCAGAUAGUACAACAUGUUGUAAACUGUCUUCUGGACAAUAUGGAUGCUGUCCACUUCCUAGUGCUGUAUGUUGUUCUGAUGGGGUACAUUGCUGUCCAAGUGGUACAACUUGUGAUACAUCUGCUGGCAAGUGCAAUAAACAAGAUGGUAGCCAUGUUUUGAUGUCUAAGAAAAUAGCAGCUAAACCUGUUGCAGUGAAAGAUGUUGUUUGUCCUGGUGGAACAUCACAAUGUCCAGACAGUACAACAUGUUGUAAACUGUCUUCUGGACAAUAUGGAUGCUGUCCACUUCCUAGUGCUGUAUGUUGUUCUGAUGGGGUACAUUGCUGUCCAAGUGGUACAACUUGUGAUACAUCUGCUGGCAAGUGUAAUAAACAAGAUGGCAGUCAAGUUUUCAUGUCUAAGAAAAUAGCAGCUAAACCUGUUACUGUAGAAGACGUUGUCUGUCCUGGUGGAACAUCUCAAUGUCCAGAUAGUACAACAUGUUGUAAAUUGUCUUCUGGUCAAUAUGGAUGCUGUCCACUUCCUAGUGCUGUGUGUUGUUCUGAUGGGGUACAUUGCUGUCCAAGUGGUACAACCUGUGAUACUGCUGCUGGCAAGUGUAAUAAACAAGAUGGCAGUCAAGUUUUCAUGUCUAAGAAAAUAGCAGCUAAACCUGUUACUGUAGAAGAUGUUGUCUGUCCUGGUGGAACAUCUCAAUGUCCAGAUAGUACAACAUGUUGUAAAUUGUCUUCUGGUCAAUAUGGAUGCUGUCCACUUCCUAGUGCUGUAUGUUGUUCUGAUGGGGUACAUUGCUGUCCAAGUGGUACAACUUGUGAUACUGCGGCUGGCAAGUGUAAUAAACAAGAUGGCAGUCAAGUUUUCAUGUCUAAGAAAAUAGCAGCUAAACCUGUUACUGUAGAAGAUGUUGUCUGUCCUGGUGGAACAUCUCAAUGUCCAGAUAGUACAACAUGUUGUAAACUGUCUUCUGGACAAUAUGGAUGCUGUCCACUUCCUAGUGCUGUAUGUUGUUCUGAUGGGGUACAUUGCUGUCCAAGUGGUACAACUUGUGAUACUGCUGCUGGCAAGUGUAAUAAACAAGAUGGCAGUUAUGUUUUUAUGUCUAAGAAAAUAGCAGCUAAGCCUGUUUCUGUUGAAAAGCAAUCUUCGUCAAUCUCAGUCAAAGACUCAUUCACUGAUAUAGAUCAUCUUAAGGGGAUUUAUGGUGUAAUGUGUCCUGAUGGUCAUUCCCAGUGUCCAAAUGAUAAUACAUGUUGUAAAUUAUUUAGUGGAGACUAUGGAUGCUGCCCAUUACCUGAUGCUACAUGUUGUUCAGAUGAAGAACAUUGUUGUCCACGAGGUAUGACCUGUGAUACAACUAAAAGUCAGUGUGAUAGUAAUGGUAUAAAAGUUUCGAUAUUUAAAAAAUCACCAGCUAAAUUAAAAAUAUCAUGUUGUGGUAGUAGAUGUUGUCCAGAUGGUUAUUUAUGUAGUGCUAGUGGUUUAUGUAAGAAAUUAACCAAUACUGAAUGGAUGAAAUUUAAAAAUGGUUUUUAAUGACUAGGAAAAUUUAAAUAUUAAAAUUUUAAGAUAACAAAUAAAAUGUAUAUCCAUGAGGCAUAACAAAUAAAAUUUUCAAAAUUUAUGUAUAUUAGAUUUGUCUCAACACAAACAUUUAUCUCAAUUUAAAAAUUCCAAGUAAAAGUUUUUGUCGAGUUUGUUUUUCAUAGAAAUAUGCAAGUGUACUUAUAUUGUUUUACCUGAACACUUUCUGUUCAAUGUGAAUAGUCAGAUUUAUUAAAUAUUACCACCAUUGGCAUAUAUGUGCAAUUAGACAGAUGUAUUUAUAGAUUGACCAGUCAGCGAAUUCCAGACUAAAACAUUGUAUAUCAGCAUCAUGCCGUCUCAGUUUGCUUCAUGUCACAUGCUCCACUUUAUGAUCAUUCCUAUUAUACUUAUAUUAUUAGAAAUAUACCCUAUUAUUUAGUUUUUCAGAAAAUUCACAUUCAUGCUUCAAACCUAUUUGCAUAUUUUAACAAUAGGUCUUAAUACUCCAAAGGUAUUUUUGUUAAGGUAUAUUACAGAACUGUAAAAUGAUCCUUAUUGUUGCUUUAAAUAUUUCAGAAAAAGUUCAACUUUUGAUUUAUACCCUUUUUGUGCAUAUUAAAUAAUUUGUUAAUAGUAGAAAGAAAUAUCAUUUUAUUUUAUAAGAAAAACUACAACAUAGGGAGUAUUACAUCGUUUUCAUUUAGAGUUAUGUGUAUUAUGUAUUAAUGUACUUUUUUAACCAUGAAAGGGAAUCUUUUGUAGUCACAUGGUGGUCAAAUGAGUUUAUUUUCUGUGGAUAUCAUGACCUCUCAUGCCAGAUGAAUUUGUUUGCCCUUCCAGUUCUGCCUUUUGGAACAAUAUGUGAUAUUUGAUAAUUGUUUUCCUUUCUUGGUUAAUAAUUUUGUUAUGAUUUAAUUGUAUUAUUUAUUUACCCAUCAAACUAAUCAAUGUAGCAUGUACAUAGAGUUCAGCAUACAUGUGAUUGUACAUUUUUAUAAGGAUGAAUAAAAAUAUUUUCUAUGGUAUAA